AUGAGUGAUACGGCAGCCAUCGAAUUAUUGAAACGAGCCGUACAACUCGAUAGUGAACAAAAAUAUCCUGAUGCACUGACUUGCUAUUCCGAAGGCGUUCGGAUGUUAUUAACUGCUGUGAAAGAUAUUCCAUCCAGUGAAGAACGAAAACGAAAUGCAUAUCGACAAAAGAUCACCGAAUGUAUUGAUCGUGCUGAGAAACUCAAAGAUCUGGUUGAGCAACAGAAAGGUAUUGUAACAUUGCUUUUUCGAUUAUUCUGCGUGUAA